AUGAAAAUUUAUUUUUUAAUUCUUUGCGUUUGUGCUCUUCUGUGUUCUUCUCAUGGAGGCCUCCUCAAGGAUGUUGUUGGAACCAUCCACGAGAAAGCACACAACAUAAGGGAAGAUAUUAGAAGUGUCCUUCAUCACAAAGAUGAUCAUCAUUCAAAGAACACUGUUCCAGACACAGAUGUAAAACUUUCAACUACAGAAAAAAACAGUGAAGUUAUAAAAACUCAUCAUGCUGAUAAAACCGAAUUCGUAACUACAGAAAAGUCAAGCGAGGCUAUUAAUAUUGAGUCACCCAGUACUGGCAUCGCGUUCCCAACAGAAAAAACUGAAGCCAAGCCUACAGAAAGUUAUACAGUACCGAGUACAACGGUUGCAAGUAAUACAACGAAGGAUGAUAAAGAUGGACGUGAGAACUUUGCGGGUGGUUGUGCAACUGGUUUUAAGAAAACUGCAGACGGACGAUGCAAGCCUACUUUCUAA